AUGGCCCAGACAGCCUAUUGCCUGCACUUCACCUCUACCUUCGGGGGCUGCCUCCUCAUCCUGCUGGCUUUGUGGGAGGCAGGUGCUACCACAGUACUUCAGAAAACUGGUGAAUCCACAACACCGGACCCUUUAUUUCUCCUUACUCCAGGUCUUAUUUAUAAUACUCACCUUGACCACACUUCACGUAGCCCUCCAGGCAACUACAAAUCUACAGAAACCCAUAAACUAAAAUAUCACUGCAACACCACAAACCAUCUCAAACCUAUUCAUGAACCUAUAGAAACCCCUCAAACUGCAGAGCAUAAAAACUCUAAAACUCAUUACAGAGUUCCUACCACUUCUGAACAAAAACUGAAGAACCAGGAAAAUGACUCAGUUAUCCGGAAUGGACGAUCUGUUGAUCACUCUGAUGCCACUAAAAAUAAUAACAGAUCUUCUGAUGCAAAAAACCCAGAUGCCUUCUAUUUGACUCGAACACACGUUCCAUGGACCCAGAACACUGAGAACAAAGACCCAGAAGAUGAUGGAGGACCUAAUUCUUACCCAGUCUACCUGAUGGAACAGCAGACUCUGGGCAAGGACCAGAUCCCUUCCUCACGAUGA